UAGCUUAUCAAAGUCAGCUUAUCGCACAGCUGCAACAAAAGGUUGAAACUUAUGAAAAUUUCAACCAACAGCUUAUGCAACUAUGGAGAGAAAAUAAUCAGCAAGAUGAAAAACUACCUGAGGACACAGACAUUAAUGAUUCUAUCCUGACUCCUAAAUAUGUGUAUGCUAUUGAUACUCUUAUUCCUUAUGAAGAGUAUACGACCUUAAAAGAAACAUCA